AUGUGGUCUUUUCUGCCCACAGAUUUAAAAAAGAUCGCUCAUAAUAUCAUUAAGGAUUCCGAUUACUUCAUUGACUUCUUGGGAAAGGUUGAGCGGGAUUUAUUAGGGGGCGACGGGGUGUACGCCGGGGAUGAGUUCACACCAGAAGCGAAGGCGACGCCAAUCCCACGCGAGACCUUGCUAAGCUUUCAGAAUGACGACCACACGUACUGCGAGGCCAUCCGUGAGGGGGAGCUCGAGGCUUUUCUGGCGUGGAUGCAACACAGCCCUCUGAGCAGUCGCCUUUCGGAGCGAUCCGAGGCUGCCGCCGCGGCUGGGGAUCCGAUCGACAUGGAUAGUUCGUCGAAUUCCGUCAAUCUAGUGAAUACCUAUCGUCAGCGGUUGUUAGACUCCAGUGAUACGGUGUUGGAGAAGUACGCGCGGUGGGUGAAAGGGGAGAUUGAUUCACCAAGAGAUUCGUAUCGAGUUUGUUCGCAAGCGACUAAUAGUGAUUCGGCGGCGGUUGCGACUAAAGAGGAAGGGGAGCGAGGUCGAAGCCCCUCCACGACGGCAGCGCCUCCGGGGGCGGACGGGAACUCCCCUCUUCCACGCCGAGCCUCAGCGUCCGGCGACGAUGCCACCACACCGCCCUGCCUUCUGAGCGACGCUCAAUUUUUCGAUCGCUACUUCUUCCGCCUCGCGCAGCUCCGUUUGUUGCUUUUAAAGGAAGCUCAACAGAAGGCAAAGGACGAGCUCGCCGCCGCGGAGGUUUCCGCGGACGCCACCAACGCUCAAUCCGACGUCGCCGAGUUGGCGGGAGCGGGAUCGGAGAAAAAGCCCGAGGACCCCUCCGUUCUUCGUUACGCGCAUCUGAUGAUGAACGCGGCGAAUACGCUCGCAACGAACAUCGACUCCAUUUUUAACAACAACGACGACAACGACGACGAAGAUAGCGGUGUUCUUCAUGGGGGGUCGACGAUAUCUUCCACGGCGUCCGACGGGAACGAUGCGCAGACGAAGGUGGCGUCGCUCGAGCAGCUAGUAUGCGAGCUGCAGGAGGAAUUGCACCAUGAACGGAUGCGCGUGCGGGAGCUGACGGAUCUCUUGAUCAGUCAUCAUAUCGAGGUGCCGUCAUUCACGGCGAGCGAACCCCAUCACACGCCGAGUGAAUCUGCGCCAUCACCGUCAGUGGGGGAAAUUAAAGAAACGGAAGAUCAACCUUUACUGCCAAAUCGAUCAAAAAAGGGAAAAAUGUCGCAUCCAGGCAGUAAAUCUGAGCUCAAUUCCGAGGUAUCUGGGAGCGGGUGGGAGCAAAUCAAUGAGUGCGAGAAAUGA